AGCCGCAUUUGGUCUGCGUCGGUGGCCGAGAGAGGAGGGGCGUUCAAGUGUUCCCUUCUGCCCUUUUCAUCAUCAUCUUGUUCUUCUUAGUUUCUCGUCGCCCGUCGAAGUGACCGCAUACAUUUGACUUCGCGUUCUUGAAGUGAUGUGGUAUAGGAAAAGAGGGAAUUAACAAGAAUGGAAACUCAGUCUUUUGUUUUUGAUUUCUGUUUUUCGAUCCUCGAGAUUCGCUUGUGAACAUCGCCAGCAAAAACAUCAUCAUCAUCAUCUGGGGUAAACAAACAAGAAAGGAGACAAGUUGUUUUGUUUUUUUUCGGUCUUGGCGGCGUGUGUCGAACUUGCUACAUAAAAAAAAAAACGAGAGAGAAAACGAGAUAUAUUGUGAGUGAGAGAGAUAAAAGACACAAGAUCCGAACUUCUUACUGACUGCCUGAAGGAGGGUGUCAGGUCAUUUCCUAGUUAGAAAAAAUACAUAUCCCGAAAGGAGCUUUAUUGAUUUUUUUUUUUUUUUUGGUGGACGCUUUGGUUUCACAAAAGCUCAGGAGAGCUGUGACGUCUCUCUCUCUGCCUUUCUGCAUCUCCUCCUCGUCCCCCCCUCCCCCAAGGAGUCAGCAAGAAGGAUACGAAGGCAAGAGUUCCUGAGAGCUACUGAGGUACAUCCGGUUCACCAUUAUCCUAACGGGAGACCUCCGCUUCAAUUGCUGAUGACAGAGACAUAGAGUCUGGAAAUUACACUUCAACAAAUUAGAAGAUGGGACUGCUCUUCAAAACACUGCUUUUGAGCACCUUGUGUUUCGGAUGGAUCAACGCCCAGUCCAUCAGGAGGAUCUCAACUUAUCCGUAUCCGGAUCCGCCUGGGUAUGGCAUGAAGAUAGAACCUUCGGUUUCUGGGCCCCGCCGCGAGAGGAAUGCGAACGCUUCUCACUUCGACGAGACUGUGGUGGUUGCCACACCAUUCCCAGAAGACGAGAUCGAAAGAAGUUUUGGUGACGUCCUCGACCAUUCUUCGGUCAACAGGAUGGGACUGGCGGCAGUCGAAGAACGGAGGCAUGUGGUUCCACCGCCCCGUCAGGAUGUCCGGAGACGCCUCUCUUCAUUUGCACGAACUACAGAGAGCUCUACCACCCUCCGGAGCUUUGGGAUUCCUGGAGUCCUUCCUCCUUCGAUACCUGACUCUGGGGGCAAAUUCGGACCACCAGCUAUCCCUGGUGCUGUCCAGCCAAAGCCACCAGCGCCGCCUGUAUUACCUCCCUCAACUCCUCUUCCGUCACUCACCGGGACAGAUUUUGGACCACCCUCACCUCCUGAUCCUAUCAAUUCUCCUUCUCCCCCACCUGGUGCUGACCAAGCGCAGGUUACAGAGAUCAAGUGCAUGAAGACGGAAACCACCAGCUCCUUCAUGGCGUUGCUGUCACUUCCCGUAGGAUACAACGCCAUUCCUGUAUUUGAAGAUCGACCUUCAGUUGAUCCCACGAUCAACACAGCCUGCAGAAUGAUUCCAACUCAGCUGACCAACGACAUGUUCCAGCUCGUUGUCUCUGACCUGGACCGGUGCGGCGUCAGAGAGUGCAGACAUACCAACGGAGAGACUUGGCUCUGCCUGAUGCUGCGUUUCCCCCUCGUGAACGGCCUGAAACUCCCGGAGGACGAGACCAUCCUGAUCCGGUGCCGUCCCCAAGAUAAGAUGGAGUCUGACACCCAUUACCUUACGGUAUCCACAGCAAAGUACGCCGCAAAAGGGGUAACAAUCAACGACAAAUCACCGCCGUCCGUCUUCGACGGGGGCCAGCAAGAUUUCCGGUGUGAGAUCGGCCUCUUCCGUAAGCUCCCUGGAACGGAGCUCUUCGCCUCCCGGGUGACCAGUGAGGUUGAACUCGACCUCGGAGAGGAGGUGCAGCUGAGGUCCAUCGUCAAGGCUGGAGACGGAUGGGAGUACAGCCUCCUCACUACAAUAAUCAUCCAGAAGACUGGGACCAAGAGGACCCGCUCAAUCCUCAACGCUGCCGACCUCGUCUUUGCUGAUGGGUGCCGAAAUCCGUCGUAUAAGGUCAUCGCCAAAAACCACCCGAAGAGGGACCCCAGAAACCCACUGAUCAACAACUUCACGUUCCGCAUCUUCAUGUUCCAAGACAUGGAUGUCAACGAAGACUUGAUGAUCACAGCCAAUGUCAUCGGGUGCGUCGAAGCCAAGGAUUGUGCUGCGACUGAAUGUGGCGGUGUGGACGAAACCGAUCGCCUGGGCUUCGGCAGAAGAAAGAAAAGAGGAGUCAGGCACUACUCUUUCACCACCACCCUUCGUGGAUCAGACCUCAUGAAGAAGUCCUCCCUGGGCAAUAUCCCUCCCCAUCCGCCUCCAAAUUCACUCCACCCGAGAUCUAGGAGAGUCGUCCACGACUCUGGUGAGAAUUCAACGACCACCUGGGAGAGGAACUUGAACAUCAAAGUCAGAAUACCAGACUCAGGGAUCCAGCACAGGUCCAUGGAAGCGCACGAGUGCCAGAUGUAUCUCUUCGUGACCCUCGGAGUAGCGGCCGUCUUCUGCGUGGCGUCCAUAGUCUUCGUCAUCGUGACCCUCUUUCGCAGUCGUUCCUCCCCCAAGAGGCACCAGAACCCUGUGGGACACGUCAUUACCACCCGCCCAAAUUCCCCUGGGACAGUUUCGCCCACGCCCUUCACCGUUUCCUCUGCCGCCUCCGUCUGUUCCAGUUCCAUGUCGUCCUCGAAGGAGACGACGGAUUCCAACGUCAAUGGGAAGAGUUCUUCUUCAUGUUCUCCCCUGAGGAACUUCGCCGUACCCCCGACGGUCCGCCAGAGGAAGCGCCAGGUGAACGCCGAGCUCCUGAACGUCUUCGAGAACGAGCGCCUCUUCCCCUACGGGACCUACUGCCCCGGGAUGCUCAACUACUACGGGUACAUGGUCGUCCCCCGGAGGUCCACGGCUCUGGAGACCACGAGCGAGAAGCGAUCCCUGAGGGCUAUCAAGCGCGACCUUCGCAAGCAGCGCAUAGACCGACUGGAACAACAGCACCACCUUCUGCAGCAGAAGGAUGACCAGAGCCACUGCCGGUGCUCGGAGGGCACCAGCAGCAGUCCUCAUCCUAGUACUACUACUAAGUCGUCUUUCUCUUCCUCUGCUUCUUCUUCAUCUUGCGCCGAAGAACCAGAGACUACCUCUACCACCGCCUCCUCCUCCUCGACACAGAACCUCUGUAACAACCACAAGUCGGUCAUCCACGUCCCAGGCUGUCAGCCGUCCCCGAGUUGUCCGAAGCCGAUGCCGAGGAUGAAGAAAGAGGAACAGGAGGAAAAUAUAUAUAGCGAAAUAUACUUACAGACUCAUCCCACAAUGGUCUGAAGAAGUAAUACUGGUAGUGGUAGAUCUAGGCCUAGGUCUAUGUUUGUGAGAGAUUGCUGACAUGUGCCAUUUCAUCUUGUUAAGAAGUCUAAAUGUCGGGUAUUAUUCCUCUAUUAUUAUUAUUAUUAGUACUACUUUAUUAUCAUUAUUAUAACUAUUAUUAUUAUGGUCAUUAUUGUUGUGUAAAUAGAUUUUCUUGUGAUUAAAAGCUUAAACAACAACAACAGUCUAGGUAUGUCUAGCUAGACGCACGGUGAAUUCGUUACCUGAACCACGAGCUGUGUAUAUCCCGAGGGGCAUGAAUUGUAACAAUAGCAAGGGCAUAAAGGUAAUAUUGUAGAUAAUUAAAGGCAUUAACUUAGCUUAAACAGUCUACUACUACAAGUCCUUCUUUUUGCACUAUUUUCCAAUGUUGUUACUUGGUGUUCCUUCAUUCUCUCUUGUUUUUCAUCCUGUUACUUUCUUAUUAUCUCUCUUCUUUUCAGUUUUGUCAUUGGUUAUUUCUGCGAGCUUUCUUGUCAUUAUUCUCUCUGUCGUUCUCUUAUUUGUUGUAUCGUUUACACAAAUGAGAGAAAACAUUCUUUUAGCAAUAACCUAAGUCUUUUCUAUAUUUUUCUUUAUAAACUUUUGACUGAUUUGUUACAAAGUCCCACCAAUUCUUUUAGCAAUUAAUUCCAAGUCCUAUUUAUAAUUUUCUGAAAUAUCUAGAGUUUUCUCUGUCAAGAAAUAUGUACAAAUGCUAUUUUCGUUACCUUCUAGCUAAAUAAACCAAUAAAAAACAAUAAGAACCACAUCUUCAAUGUUAGGUCCUGGAACAUAGGCUUACGCGUAAGCUCUCAGGCCACAGGUGGUCUGCAGUUCCAAAUAAAUGCUGUAUCUGGAACAUAGUCCUGCAGAUCGACUGUAUAUGCCAGCAGAUGCUCUCUCUCUCUCUCUCUCAGGUCUAAACCACUUGGAACUGUCAAGAAAAUCAUACCAAAUCUUUCUUAUUAAACGACUAUUGUUUUAAUAGCAGAAAUAGCCAAUGAACCGGGCAUGACAUAUGUUAAGUAGCUAUUGAGAUGAAAGUUCACUGUUAUCUCUGCAUCAUCAACUUUCACAACAUGUUCUACAUCCUUGUGAACAGAUGUUAUUUUGUCUUGUUGUAAGCAGGUAUAAGAUUGUACAUACUUAGGUUACUGAUUUGCUUAUAUCUCUUUAUCUGUCACUGCAAAGAUAGACAGUAAGUGUCGCUGUUUCUAUUCAGAAUCUGUUAGGCAUACUAUGUAUAGUACUCCACUUAUUUAUUGCAGGUUACAAUUGCUGUAUCGUACAAUUUUGUAAUUGAAUUUUUCUACUUUAAAUUUCAAUAAAGGUAUCAGUUGC